GUCAUUCGUCGCAGUCGUCACUCUUUCUCAGUUGUUCUCGUGGUCUACAAUUUUAGCCGUGUUACCGUUAUUUUUUUGUGUUAUACCUAUUUCCGAAAUUUUCGUAAUUCAGUAUACGUAUUACGUAGUGUUACCUUUUUAUAGUUGUCUACAACGCCAAUUACCGUGGUCAAUGAGUAUUACGUACGUCUUGUACUUACACCGAACGUGCAUUUUACUAGAAUCAUAAUGUGGGCUGUAGUACAUUUUACUGUAGACAACUCUGUCGAUUAUGUUCCUUCAAGUUGGAUAAGAAAAAAUGGGAUUUCACUGUUAUGUGGAUGGCCAAAUAAUGACUCUUCUUUGAAAAACUUCAGAUCAAAUCGUGUGCACCCAAACAAAAAAGACUUUACCUAUUACAAGUGUAGAAUAAUUUCUAAAGAUAUUGCAUCAUUAUCCGAAGCUAAAAUUAAAGCCGAAAAGGCCCAGUUCACAUCAGAUGUAUCUGAUGUAGAUAAUUACAAAAAAAAACCAAAAAUCAAGUCAUCAAACAAAUCUGCAGCAGCUGUUUUUGAAAAAAAAAGUCCUUUGGCGCCAGGUUAUUUUUCGGAAUAUGUUGAUGCCGAUUGUAUAAUGGUGAAGAAUGAUGAUGGUUUUAAAUUAUAUGAAAGUGAUGAAUGUUCUGAGAAUUUAUCUACGAUUGAUGACAGUGAUGUGGAUAAAGACUAUAUGCCUAUAAACAAAGAUGAAAAACAAGAAGAUGCUACUGAAAUCUGGCUUACUAAAGAUAGUGAAGUAAAUUAUCAAAAUAUGGAUACAGAAGAUACACCAAACAGUAAACCAGAUGUAAAUACUUCAUUUGAAACGCAUAAUAACUGUGAAACUCGCACUCUGUCACAAUCGCAGUCAUCUCUACAGUCUAAACAAAUAGACCCAGUUAAUUCUCAGUCAUUUAUUGGUUUCCAAAAAGCUACACUAAACUACUUGGCUUUUUUAAAAGUAGAAAUAGCUAAAAUUGCAGACAACCAACAACAAUUAUUGGAGUAUAUGCAAUCGAACAAUUUUAACAAAUCUCAAGGUUCUGCUGGCAAUCAGAAUUGGGAACAUGAAGUAGACUAUUUCAUUCAAAAUUGGCCCAUUUCCACAAAUGAAGAACUAAUGAAUAUGGAAGAAAAAAUUAAAUUGGAUGUUAAUUUUAAAAAUCAAGUCGUGUGGGAACUUGCAAGAGUAGGCGGUAAAUCAUUAAAAGGCUUGAUAUACAGAAUAAUGAAGAAAGUCUUUGAUGACCAGUUAUUAAUAUCUUUUACAUAUUAUGGUUUACGGAACAAAGAAAACUUUUCACGAUUGGGCAUCAACAAGGCAAUUUUUGAAGCUGUUAAGAAUAAGUCAAGUUUUAAAAAUUCAUCAGAGGACGAAAUAAUUACCUCUAUUGGGAAAUGGCUAACGUGUGCCAAAGGAAGGCUGCUAGAAAAAAAUAAAAUAAAAUAAUUUAAAUGCUUACUAUAUGUACCUACAUCCAUAAUAAUUAUUAAAAUUUAAAUGAUUUAAAAUAAAAAAUUCAAGGUGAAUUUCAUUCAAAGAUAAA